ACUCGAGCUGCGGUCGUAGGUGUGUGCGCGUGCAGUGUUACAGCGGCUUCCGAUGGACGGGCUGUUAAAAGACUCUGUAACAAAUCGGUGGCUUUAUUUGCACAUUUGUACACGUGAGCAGCUUGCGUGUCGACUAUGUCUCGUCUCUGGACGGUAUAUAUUGAUUUGCUCCUGAUUUCUUGCCUUGGUCGCGUUCACACGCAAAAUGAAAACCCAGUGGUGUUCACUUUGGGAAGGUUCCAGAAUGUGAGUAUUCCUGUGAACAGAAGCCUGGAAGUCAAUGUGUCCCAAAUCCCAGCUGAGGUGGCCUUCGUGAUACUGCAGUUUCACACUCAGCACCGCAAUGCCACCAUCUCCUACACAAUAGUACCAGCGUAUGGUUAUUCGGUCACCACAGUUGAUUCUGGGCUGCUGUUCCCUCUUUCGCCAAAUCAGUUGACUCUCUCCUGCUUCCUGUUGACUCCUAACGGUGACUCAGUUGCUGGAAUUGGGGUUAUACUGCCCUACUCACGCACUGACCCUGUCCCUGGGGCCUGCAAUCUGGAGUUUCCACUGGAGAACGAUCCUAACAUCUACUUGCGCUACAACUUUUACGAGACCAUCAUUCGCUUUGCUCCUGCUAACAUCGGAUACGCAAGAGGAGUUUCUCCCCUUGCAUGUGAUGUGAAAAUGGAUUUGAGCAGUCGCUGGCGUUUAGAGUACGACGUCUACCAAUACUUCCUUCCUGAGAAUGACCUAUCAGAGCAGAGUCUGAUCAGUGGCAUGGAGAUGGUUGCCACGGUGCCAGGCAUGGUGGAAAACGGUACAAAGCUGAUGACGUUAUCCUCCCAAGAUAAAACUCUGGUGUCCUUCAACUCCAUCCCGGGUCAGGGAGUAAUCUACGGCAUCGUGGUGAGAGACCCCGUCUACAACAGCUCCGCUUCAUACGUGCCUGUGCACACCUAUGCCUGCAGCUUCACCUCUGUUUUAGACGGAUGCACCACACUAGGAAGAACUUCCACCAAAGUAUUUUUCACCAUUACAGGACUUGCAGGGCUUCUCGUCUGUUUCUUAGGCCAUCGUUUUUUCAAAUGUGAGCUCUUCUGCUUGGGCUUUGGCUUUGGAGCGUUCUUCUUCUUUGUGCUGAUCACGAGAACCACCACAUUGGAUUAUGACAUCCGAUUGGCUCUGACCACUUUAAUAGGUGUUGUAUGGGGCAUGGGCCUGGUGAUGACGUGGUGGCGGUUCGGCUCUGUGAUGGCCUGUGUUGUUGUCGCUGGCCUCACUUUCAGCUUUCUCAUCUCAUCUGUUAUCUUUUUUACGCCACUGGGUGACCUCUCUGUGUUCCAUAACGAUGCAGUUUUCUGGGUGACGUUCAGCUGCAUGGUGCUGGUCGUGCCUUUGUUCUUCAUCAGAUGGCCAAGAGUGGGUAAUAUAUUGACCUGCGGUGUGGUGGGAGCAUACAUGGUAGUGCUUGCUGUGAACGCCUACAUCUACACCAGCCUGUCCUACAUCACACUGGACAUCCUUAAACGCUUCCUCAACGAGGACUUCAGAAGAGCUUUCAUAUCCGUCCCUCUGCAGAAGAUCGACUUCAUCCUGAUCAGCGUGUGGGUGAUUCUGGCGGUCUCGGGCAUCGCACUACAACUGUACAGAGAGCGCUCACGGCCGUUUUUUCCACCAAGCCCGUACGUUCUAUGGUGCCAGGAACGUGAGCGACGCAAGACCAACGUGUUAGACCCGAGCCACCACAUGCCGUCUCUGCCCGCCCGCCUGCUCGCCCGCUUACGCCAGCUCACUCGCCACCAAGAGCCUGCUGGGGAGCGCACACCUCUACUUCUCUGACCACUGACCAGCUUGAUUGUUAGACCUGCUGCCAUCAUCCACAGUGAGAGGUGACUUACAGAAGGAUACAGACUCAGGGCCCACUGUAUGUGACUCGUUCAUACACCGUUCAGCUGUAGAUUAUCUGUAGCUGGAGACUACAGUCUGAUUUUGGAGAACUGCUCUUGAAUGUAGAUGAUAUCGAUCAUAGCUGUGAAGUUAAAUUAUUAAAUCCUAGUUUAUAACCUGUUAAAUGCAAGGUCCUGUACGAAGGUCUCCAGUGGUGUCAGUGAACUGAUACGAGACCUCGCAAAACGGAGUCGACCUCUCGCCGUUUUAAGUCAGACCAAAACAUUAUGAUGUUUAUUUCCAUGAUUCUCCAAAGACCUUUGUGUGAUGAACGGGAGCAAUUUUUAAACGUUGUUUACAUUAAAAGUCCAAGUGUAAAAUUUAUUACAUUUUUUUAAACCUUUUUUUCCUACCCAGUCUGAGUCUAACAGCCCAUUAUGAAAAGGUGACCACUUUAUAAGAGGGGAUCACCACUUUAUUUUAUGUACUCAUCUCAUUGAUUUGAACAUUGCAAGGCUGUUAGGAAGUAAAGUUUAAAAUGGAUGGAAAACAUUCAAAAGGGUGUAAACCUGAAUUUCCUUUUAGAUUUAAAAAAGGGCACGUCGUUGGAUACACAGCCAUCACUGAUUAUGGUCUAGACUGAUUAAAGGUUUUUACCCCUAAGCCCCAUUGGCUGUUGAAUUGUUUCUUAUUCUCACUAGACCUCCUGGAGAAGUGUCUUUAACCCUUAUCACAACCGAUAUCACACUUAACCUCUAGUUUCAUUUGCCAUGGUUUUAAUCUAAGACUACUUUUUUUUUGAACGGAAAGACGUAGCAUUUUACUUGGAUGAUACCACGGUGUGUGUGUGUUUGGGACUCGGUUCUGCAUGCAUUAUAAUCUUCAGAGAGAUGUGGAAAUUAUUAAGAGGGUCUUUUGUAGGAUCAGGAUUCAGGACCACUUUAUAACCACCCUCUGGACAGUAAGCACUUGUUGGAAGAGAACACUGAGUGGUCGACAUGUGUAGCGGUUUUCUGUUCCCUUUAUUCUCAUGACGUGGGUGGUUUAUAGAUCCCUUAGACUCGGGUACUGUUCCAGGUUUGGGGCCAUGUAACAACAUCCCAUAUUUGGUUCAGGUGCCAGUUGUCGCAGGGCAGUUGAGUAAUAAUGCUGCUUGGCGAAGUGUUCCAGUGUGAGCGUGGUGUUCGUGUCCGCAGUGUUUGAUGUAGUGUCUUAAAAGUUGCAAUAAGAUCUAAAAGGAUAUUUUAAAACUGCUUGCAUGUUAUGGCUGUUAUUUAUGUAUUUUUGCUAAAUGUUUGACAUUAAAUUUAUUUUGUAUUUGCUAAAGAUAAUAAAAUUUUGUGUAAUAACA